ACUGUUGAUCUUCUCAUGCAAGAGUCAGGAUGUCGUUUAGAACAUCCUUCUGCUACCAAAUUCCGCAAUCAUGUCAUGGAAGGAGAAUGGGAUAAGGCUGAGAACGACCUGAAUGAACUUAAGGCCUUAGUGCAUUCUCCGCAUGCAAUUGUGAGGAUGAAGUUUUUGCUGCUGCAGCAGAAGUACCUGGAAUACCUGGAGGAUGGCAAGGUCCUGGAGGCACUUCAAGUUCUACGCUGUGAACUGACGCCUCUGAAAUAUAAUACAGAACGCAUUCAUGUCCUCAGUGGGUAUCUGAUGUGUAGCCAUGCAGAAGACUUGCGUGCAAAAGCAGAGUGGGAAGGGAAAGGAACAGCUUCCAGAUCUAAACUUUUGGACAAGCUCCAGACGUACCUACCCCCAUCAGUGAUGCUUCCUCCAAGGCGUUUACAGAACCUGCUACGUCAGGCUGUGGAACUACAACGGGACCGGUGCCUAUAUCAUAAUACCAAACUAGAUAGUAAUCUAGAUUCUGUCUCGCUGCUAAUAGAUCAUGUUUGUAGUAGGGGUCUGAGAUCAGUAUGUGGUGCGCUGUACAUGCUGCCAUGCUUGGGCAUAAUGAGGAAACAGUUCCCAUGCUAUACACAGCAGAUACUAACGGAGCACUGUAAUGAAGUGUGGUUCUGUAAAUUCUCCAAUGACGGCACUAAACUAGCAACAGGAUCUAAGGACACAACUGUUAUUAUAUGGCAGGUUGAUCCAGAUACUCACCAGCUAAAACUACUUAAGACGUUAGAAGGUCAUGCAUAUGGUGUCUCUUACAUUGCUUGGAGUCCAGAUGACAACUAUCUUGUUGCCUGUGGCCCAGAUGAUUGUUCUGAGCUUUGGCUCUGGAAUGUACAAACUGGGGAGCUGAGGACAAAGAUGAGCCAAUCUCAUGAAGACAGUUUAACAAGUGUGGCCUGGAAUCCUGAUGGGAAGCGUUUUGUAACGGGAGGUCAGCGUGGACAGUUCUAUCAGUGUGAUUUAGAUGGUAAUCUCCUUGACUCCUGGGAAGGGGUGAGAGUACAAUGCCUUUGGUGCUUGAGUGAUGGGAAAACUGUUCUAGCAUCGGACACACACCAGCGAAUUCGGGGUUAUAACUUUGAGGAUCUUACAGACAGGAACAUAGUACAAGAAGAUCACCCUAUUAUGUCGUUUACUAUUUCAAAAAAUGGCCGUUUAGCUUUGUUAAAUGUAGCAACUCAGGGAGUUCACUUAUGGGACUUACAAGACAGAGUUUUAGUGAGAAAGUAUCAAGGUGUUACACAAGGAUUUUACACAAUUCACUCGUGUUUUGGAGGUCAUAACGAAGAUUUCAUCGCGAGUGGCAGCGAAGAUCACAAAGUAUAUAUUUGGCACAAGCGUAGCGAGCUGCCAAUUGCGGAGCUGACAGGGCACACACGUACUGUUAAUUGUGUGAGCUGGAACCCGCAGAUUCCAUCCAUGAUGGCCAGCGCCUCUGAUGAUGGCACUGUUAGAAUAUGGGGACCAGCGCCUUUCGUAGACAACCAGGAUAUUGAAGGUGGACCAGCCUGGCCAAUCUCCUGUUUGUAACACCUCCAUAAGGACUCAGAGCCUAUCCUCCAAGGAAUGCAGUAGCAUGGAUAGUUGAUGGCGAAUUUGGAGCAGACGACUUCAGUUUAACUUAAUUAGUCGUAUUUUAAAUGGCUUGGGAUUUGGUGCAAACAAACAUGAUUGAUAGCUGGACAGACAUGCUCGUCAUGAAAAAGAACCAUUUCUGAAGCCCGGUUGGGGCCAAACAUUUACCACCUUGCUUCAUAGUAACCAGUUGAGAUGAAGCACGUCGUUAGAGCGUUGUUGGACACCGUGUUGAAAUUACCCCCCCCCAUCGGUUGUGAAGAACUGUGCUACAUUCAGGCUAACCAUUGAACUCAGUAUAUAUAUUUUUCCCUCCUGCCUUUUUGUCUGGCAGGCUACUGUUCUUGUUGCUCUUCUGUGUAAUGAAGUUUAAAUGCUUGUUUGGAACACUUUAUUUAACAGUUUAGAAGGCUUGAUAGAAAGAGUGCUUUAGUCUGAAGAGUAUACAGUGGAUAGGAAAGUAUUUCCUUCUCUUGUUUCUCAAGUCUCUCUCCGCCUUACUUAGCUUGAGAUCUUUGCAGCUUGGUUCAUGGAUUCUAGCCUUGCCCGUUGCGCAGUAUAUAUAAAUUGAGAUGAUAAACCAAUGAACUAUGUCAAAAGCACUCUCAGUAUCACAUUUGACAAAAAGUUUUGUACUUUUCACAUAGCUCGUUGCCCUGCAAAGGGGUUAACAGCACAAUUUUUUAAAAAUAAAUUAUUUAUAGGAUUAAAAUGACUUCAUUUGUAUACAUUUGGAAUUAAAACAAUGCAAGAAGUGUCAUGAAACACGGUAUCACUGAUGCUUUUUCCGGAGUGUCUUGAGACCCAAUCAAAAGCAGUGGCUGGAAGGAGCUUUACGCAGGCAGUGAAGCUUGUUUUAGAAGGAGAAACUCACUGUCCAUCUUUACAGAUAUUUAGAAAAAAAGCGUUCAGAGUGCACCACCAGGCUAAGAGUUUAAACAAGACAAAGUCUUUUUGUUUUUUUAAUUACAUAAAUAUAUGCAACAGUGCUGGUAAAAGGUAGACUACAUCUCGAGGGAAGAAUGUGUUGAAUCCUUUCUUCACAAAGUCAACAUUUUGUAAAAGUAAUUAACAUACAAAUCAUAAUUAAACGCUUGUAUUACAAUGGAAAUUUUUCUUUGUUUGAUAAACAAAGGUGUAUAGAUUUUUCUUUCUGAGAAUAUACUUUUAACUUUGCAGAUAUAAAUGCCUCUCCCAGACCUUGUUGCAAGCUGGUGCUGUGAACAUCUUGACACGUCUAGGAUUAGUUCCAGUAAUAUCCCGUGUUAAGAAAAGAAAGACAUUUAUAAUGGAAGUAUUUAUUCUUUCUGACAUAAACAGGUGGCCUGGCAUCUCUGUGCUUCUGCUCUACACACAAAUUCAUUAUGGGAUGGCACUGGAUUCCCUUUUGCCACCUAGGAUGGAAAGGUAGCGUUGGUACUGCUGUGAAGUCAAGAGGGAGCAGGGAAAGGCAUGCCACCGAGAACUGAUGUGAACAGAAGUGUGGAUUUCAUCCUUUAAUGAGAUAAUAAUCUAGUGUCCUUAUUAGUCACGUGUGGAAGAAGGGUGGGGGAAGGUUUGCCGGAGUUCCUGGGAAGAGAAGUGUAGCCACUUUGAUGAAUGGGAGUGCGGUGUUUAACAUAAACAGUCCCGUUUUUCUCUCCCAGAAAAACAAAGUGAAGCGUAGCAGGUUAGACUCUUUUAGAUUCCAGCCAUCGAGUGGUGGGGUUUUUUCUUGCCUUGGGUGUAAACUUAAACACGAUUUAAGAUUCUGAUACUUUGGUUGAGACCAGCCCUGAAUCUGACAUACUCCUCUCUUAGUACCUCCAAAAUGAAGUAGGAACUUAACCUUCUUAUCUUCGACCUAGUACACUUGUCUCAAAAUUAAGGUGCAUUUCUUUGAUAGCAGUUACUGUUCCACAGUACUGGGAAUACAUGUGUGAACUUAAAGACUACAAAUCAGUUCCUUCUUCCAUUCGCUAGUUCUAGAGGAAGCUGUUUGUUUCUCUUCCUAUUUCAGACAGUGUAAGAUGAGUCAGUCUUGUUCCUGUGGCGUCAGUGUUGCAGGGAAACAGAAAACUUCCUAAGGUCAAAUUUGAAUAAGCUAAACCUUUGGGUUUUAAAUAAAAAUUGAAUACCUAAACUGUGAACAACUUUUUAUACGUUCAAAACAUGGUAUAAUUCAUAACCAAUGCCAGUGUGUGAGUCUUUGGAAGUUACCCUAGUAUUGUCUUAUUCUGGAACUUAUGUUUUCAAACAAAAUGUUAUUUAGGGAGAGUAAGGAGAAUAAUCCUGGUUUUGAUGUUUCUUAACAAUGUCUCGUACAAUGGUCUGGUGCUACUUGCUUACCUCGUACUCGUGGGACUUCAGGGAGGUGGUGAAGGCUGGAUCAAAUCUCAAGUUUAGAUUGAAAGUCUCAUAUGCAAUUCAACAAGCAUUUUUAAUGUGGUGGCCAUACCUAAACAAAGUGAGACUCCUUACCUGGUACAAGCUGCGGGGGGUGUGGGGCUGUGUAUGGGCUGAUGCCUACUUUCCACUGCAACGCAUUGUAAUUAAAAUUUAAACUUCGUACUUUUGCCAAAAUACUGCCCCUCCAUUCUGGGGUUUCUCUUCUGGACUUGGUUUGUACCUCUAAAAUACACUUCAGGUAUUUAGAAGCAGAGUUAGGGAGAAGGAUGUGUUCUGCUAUCUCCACUAGUUUCGUGGUGCAACUACGCAAUGUAAAGGAGAGCUCCGUAUAGACGGCACUGUGUCCAGAGCGCCUCAGUCAUAGCGUAUUGCAUAGCUGCCCGCUUCUCACAGGCGAUGAGCAGGCACGAGAGAAAGGGGAAAGUAGUCUUCAUUUUUGCCAUGCUACUUGGUCCUGCAGUAAACCGACAUUAUAGAUCUAGCGGUAAUGACUACCAUUCCAACCUGUAGAUUGAAGAGGAACCUCAGCUAUUUCUAACAUGUCACGUAUUCAUAAUAUGUGAAUUGAAAAGUACCAAUACUUUUUGUGCACAGACUAUAAAAAGAGACUAUGGGGGGGGGGGGGGGAAAAAAACAAGUUUGCUCAUUUGCAACACGUUGCUUUCCAUGUGCUUAAAAAUGUUCAUAGGCUGGAGUCUAAGGCUGGAACAAGUACACACCCGCAAUAAAUUACUGUAUUUCUAGUCAACAGACGUAUGGUUUAUAGAGAGGAAAAUACUGUAAGCAUGUACUCCUUUUGUAACUUUCUCUGGUCAGCUGUUGGCUUAAAAUAUCCACAGUAGCCCCAGGUUAUUGUCAAGGCAGAUCUUUAAAAAAAAAUACGCUGAAGCAUUUUAUUAUCUGAAUGUUCUUUAGCUGUUCAGGUAAGUAAUUUUCAAGGCACAAUGGAGCACAAAAGGGAAAAUGCUAGAUCUGUCCUUGUUUUGGAGGGGAGGGUAGUGGGGGGAAAUGACACCUUUGUUUUUAAAUUCCCUCUGUCUUUUCUAAAGUUCUCCAACUUUAAAGUUAACUUCUCUUUAUGAUUAGAGCAAAGAUGUGCGAGCUAGAAAUCUAUCCAGAUCUUGCCAGUUACUUCUCAGCUUGGCUUCAAACAGGUAAUGUUUAAUAAAACUCAGUAUGUUCUUGGGAGUUUGUGUCUAGUUGUAUACUUUUACACUGCUAAGUGAUACUCCCACCCAAAAUUGGUUUUGAAGGCUUCCUUAGCAGGAAACCAGGACUCGUACAAUUAGACGUAGUUUGAGGGGAGAUGUUACAACAUCUCCCAAACCCAAAUGGGGAGGGAAGUAGAGCAAGAAGAAUGGACAUAAGAAGCGGGAUUUACUGACCAACAGACAAACUACUGUAACUCAAGGGGGAGGAGGAAAAAUGCACUUUCAAUAGUUUGUCCAUGUUUUUAGCUACAAAAUACACUUGUAUCUAACUUUUUUUUGAGACAACUAUUAAGAGGAACACCCAUCCCAAAAAUGGCUAAUCCUCCUUUUGACCUCCUCCUGUCUUUUCCACAUUGGCUUGAGUCCAUACUUAAUUUUGAAAACUGCUACUUUUAAUGAUGUUUAGAAAGAAAAAAAAAAAAUCAUUAACUCUGACACUUUUUUGAACAGGGUGGACUUAAUUGAAGUGUGCAGUGUUGAACUACUGCUGCAGUAGCUGCCUCUUAGUUGUUGAAAUAAACUGUAGACAAGUUUUCUGUCUAUUAAUCCAGAUAAUCUGGAUUCAAUAAAACGUCUGUGAGAGUGUUCCUCCCAUCUGGUAUGAAUGUGCGUGUGCAUGUGUUCCAUAAACAGACAGAGAACCGAAUGUUCUAGGUACUUGUCAUGUUUUAUUGCAUACUUUAAGUCGUGUGUAUGUGAAGUGUCCUUUGACCAGAAGGUUUUGGUUAAUAUCAGUAUAUUUUUAUAAAUUUGAAAUUCAUUGUGCCCCAUCUUUUUUCUUAAACACUUUUCAUUGUUAGGGUAUAUGUGCUAGAUUUGAAUCUUAACAUUUUUAGGCACAGAUGGAAAAAGUUAUUGGCUCCUUGAAAACACAUGGGACAAAAUGGAUCCUCAAAGCAUGUAUGUACUUACAAACCAAGCUGUAGAGAUCAAGAAAAGAACUUUAUUGUUGAUCUCAAGAUUUCUAAAUUGUCAAGAUUUAUAUGGAGUUGUGGUGGAACUAGUUAACACUUAGAGCUUUUGGUAUGUAAUGACUAUUUGCUAUGGACUGAUAUUAAAUGUUUCAAAGGAUUGCGUUCUUAAACUUUCUGGAUUUUUUGUUACUCUCCUCGGAUUAUAUUAAGUAGUUAAAAAUUUCUUUGCUAUAUUACAUUAAAAACAUAAGAACUUUUGGGUCUCGUAUUUAUUUUCACUUGUUUUACUAAUUAUUUACAGAACACCGUUUUAACUUUUUUAUUUUAUAAAUGUCUAGUAUUUUAAACAUAUCUUUAAAAAUUGUUCAAUUGGAACUACAUUAACUUCUGAUUUGUUUUUAUUAGGAUUUUUAAAAAAAAAAAUACACUUUUUCCAUGUUGGUGCACAGCACUUAACAGAAAUGUUUGUAUUCCCUUUCUUUCAAUUCAAUAAACAGAAUAAAUAACUGGAA